AUGGCUUCUGUUUAUAAAUCGCUUUCGAAACGGAAGAAGAAUGAUGUUUCCAGGGAUGAUGACGACAAUGAGGACAUGGACGUUGACAUGAUGGAGGAGUUUGACGACGAGGUCAGCAGUGACGGCGACGAGGACGAGGAAAUAUCAGACGAAGAUGAUCUAGAGGAUGAGGAGGAGGAUGGUGAAGAUGAAGAUGGCGCCGUAAAGACGACGCCAAAGAAGAGCCCACAAUCGCAAAAGAAUCCCUCUUUUAUGCCUAAAACUAGAGUUCUAGUGCUUACCUCGAGAGGUGUUUCGUACAGACACCGUCACCUUGUUACCGACCUUACCGCCCUCCUCCCACACACGUAUAAAGAAAGCAAACUCGACACCAAAAAAUCUCAAGGAUACAACUUUCUCCUCAACUCACUCGCCGAUCUCCAUUCUUGCAAUGUAGUCUUUUUCCUCGAGGCGCGCAAACAAGGUCAGGAUCUAUACCUGUGGCUCUCACGGCCUCCAAACGGACCCACCAUCAAAUUCAGCGUCACCAAUUUACAUACCAUGGGCGAACUGGGUACCGGAUUCGCUGGUAACUGUCUCAAGGGUGGGCGAGGAAUUGUCGUCUUUGACCCAUCCUUUGAUGAUAACGUUGUUCUACAAAAGGGAAAUGAAUGGAGGGGUUUGGUCAGGGAAAUGCUACGAAGCGUUUUCAGCGUGCCAAAGCGAGGCGUUAGAGGGAUGAAGCCCUUUAUCGAUCGAGUGAUUGGUAUAUUCGCCGUGGAUGGGAAAAUAUGGAUCCGCGUUUACGAAAUUAGGGAGACAGAUGUGGCUACCGCCACUAAGAAGGCCGAAGAGGAGCUUGAAAAGGCUGCGAAAGAAAAGAAGAAGAAAUCAAAGGGCACCAGCGCCACCAAGGGCGGGCCUGAAAUCUCUCUAGUGGAAAUUGGGCCACGAUUUGUCUUGACACCCAUCGUGAUCUUAGAAGGAAGCUUUGGUGGACCGGUUAUCUAUGAAAAUCGCGAAUAUGUUAGCCCUAACCAGGUUCGUCGUGAGAUUCGCAUUAAGAAGGCCACUCGAUACACCGCCAGAAGGACGGGACAGAUUGAUAGAAAUGUCAAGAAGACGGAGCUAGGACUUAAUACUGAGGGAUCAAAAGACAAGAAGGUGGAUGAGCUCGAUUCAAGGGUCUUGUUCGCAUAG